AUGCAACUCAAAAGGAUUGUUUCAUUCCUGGAGACACAGAUGGAUCAGAAGCUAAAAGUGAUCCAAUCCAACCAAGGAACUGAAUGGAAAAGCAACGAUGCAUUAGAAUGGUCAUUAGAAAGGAGCAUAGAGUGGCAAACCACUGUGGGGUACAACAGCAAACAAAAUGGACAGGUGGAGAGAAUGAACAGGACCCUUGGAGAGAAGAUGAGAACAUUGCUAAUGCAGAGGAGGCUGCCGAAGAGGUUUUGGCCAUAUGUGAUCAGAGCUGCAGCAUUCAAAAUCAACCUCACUCCGAGUGUUGAUAAUGAGUUCCCCUAUCAAGCAAUGUUCGGCAAGUCACUGGAGCGAGCUUUGAGACUCCUACAAGUGUUUGGUUGUCUGGCAUGGGUAAACAUACCCAAAGUCAAAUGGGACAAUAAGAAACUAGACCAGCAAGCCAUCACAUCCAUUUUCUUGGGAUACAGUCUAGAGAGAAAGGGCUGGCUUUUCUACAGCCUGGACUACAGUCCAAACAUUUUUUGGAGCAACUCAGCUAGAUUCAUGGAAUCCAAAUGUUGGUCAGACAGGAUGGAGUGGCGACCAGUUGACACAAAGACACCUCCAGCAAUGAUGACAGAGGAGGAUUUCAAAGACCUAGGGUACAACAAGGAAAAUAUAUUUGAUGAAGCAGAUAAGGAACCAUUGCAAGAGUACAUAGAUAUGGAGACAGAACAAAAGAAAAACCUGGAUCCAACCAUACAUGAAGCAAUGAGUGGAGAGGAUAGAAAACAUUGGGAAGAAGCCAUGCAAAAAGAGCUGGAUGGAUUGGAAGCAAUGGGCACAUGGGAGAUUGCCAACCUCCCAAAAGGUGCAAACACCAUCGACAUGUGUUGGGUACUCAAGAUCAAAAUGGAUGCAAACCUCAUACCAACAAAGUUCAAAGCCCAGCUUGUGGCACGAGGUUUCACUCAACACAAAGGGGUUGACUACACAGAGGUUUUCACACCAGUGGCACCCAUCCAAUCCAUCAGAGGGGUGAUUGACAUCGCAGCAACACAGGUUUGGGAAAUAGAUUCUAUUGACAUAAAACAGGCAUACUUAAACUCUACCAUACACCAUGAUGUAUACCUCAAGCCUCCACCAGGAAUCAAAAUACCAUCUGGAAAGGCUCUGAAGGUAGUGAAAGAUAUCGCCUUUGCCGUUGGCAUAUUGGCGCAAUACAUGUCGACCCCAAUCGACAGCACAUGGAAGGCAGCGAUCCACGUGGUAAAGUACCUGAAUCAGACAAGUGGAUAUCAAUUGCAUCUAGGAGGGUCAACAAAUGAGCACUCGGAUGCACUGGAUUUGGAGAUCAUGAAUGUUCAGCCCAUACUAUACACAGAUAGUCAGGGGUGCAUACAGGUGAGUAAGGAUCCAGCCAAACAUUGGAAGCUGAAACAUAUCGACACAUGGUAUCAUUUUGUCUGCAACCAUGUGCAAGGGGGUGACGUGGAGAUCAAGUAUACCGGAACAGCAAACAACAUUGCAGAUGUUCUGACAAAGCCUCUGCAGGGUCUCAACACUUCAUGA